CUUAACAUCCAGUUAAAAUGAAAAUGGCCGGCAAAAUGAACCCAAGAGGGAAAGCAGGUUGGCCGCAUGGAAGUUCUAGCCCCUCUUUUUCAUCAAAGUAUACACAUGGAGCAUUUGCAAUGACAUUAGAGCGAACCAUAAAUCUGUAUCCAUUAAACAACUACACAUUUGGUACAAAGGAGCCGCUAUAUGAAAAAGACAGUUCUGUUCCGGCUCGGUUUCAGCGUAUGAGGGAGGAGUUUGACAAGAUUGGAAUGCGGCGGUCCGUGGAGGGAGUUCUCAUUGUGCACGAACACGGCUUGCCUCACGUUCUCCUGCUGCAGCUAGGAACAACGUUCUUCAAACUACCAGGGGGAGAACUGAAUGCUGGGGAGGAUCAGGUGGAUGGAUUAAAGAGGUUACUAACAGAGACACUAGGUCGACAAGAUGGGGCACCCAUGGACUGGGUAAUAGAAGAUACAAUAGGAAAUUGGUGGAGACCAAAUUUUGAACCACCUCAGUAUCCGUACAUACCGGCCCAUGUUACAAAGCCAAAAGAGAGAAAGUGGUUGUUCCUUGUGCAGCUGCCGGAGAAAGCAUUGUUCGCGGUUCCACGGAAUUAUAAGUUAGUAGCAGCACCCUUGUUUGAACUCUACGAUAACGCUGCUGGGUAUGGACCAAUCAUUUCCAGUCUCCCUCAGGCUCUUGGCAGGUUCAACUUCAUCUACAACUGACAUCCUGAAUGUGUGUGUUCAUCCAAUCAUUUCCAUCAAGAGACCAUGGUGCUGAUAUUUGUUUUAAUUUCAAUGGACACCAUUUUCAUAUGAUCAUGAAGAGAUCUCCAUCGGAAAUUUCUGAAAGAGAUAUCCAGAAUUGAGAAAUGUGCCACAGCCAGUUUGAGGUUCUCACGCCAGACUUUCAAGAGUUGGGACUGAUAUCAUGUUUUCAUAUGGACAUUGGACAGUUCUCCUACAGAAGUUUCAUUUCCAGUUCUAAAUAAAACUUUCAUCAUUUUUAAUGUAGUAAACUUUUACUUGUGUACUGAAA